AUGUCGGGUUUCUUCCGCCGUAUAUACGAUUGGCUUCUUAGCCUGUUCUGGGCGACAGAGAUGGACAUCACCAUGAUCGGCCUCCAGAACGCCGGCAAGACCUCGUUAUUACGGGUGCUAGCGGGCGGUGAAUUUACGAUCGACUCUAUACCCACCGUGGGGUUCAACAUGAAACGAGUACAGAAGGGGCACGUCACGCUCAAGUGCUGGGAUCUAGGAGGACAACCGCGGUUCCGUUCCAUGUGGGAGCGCUACUGUCGCGGCGUUAACGCCAUCGUCUUUAUUGUGGACUCGGCCGACAAACCCUCGCACCCGAUCGCUCGCGAAGAGCUGCACAGUCUCCUGCAGAAGCCAAUACUCGAAGGCAUCCCGCUGCUAGUCCUCGGCAACAAGAGCGAUCUGCCCAACAAGCUCGGCGUCGACGAACUCAUCGAGACGAUGAACCUGCAGGACAUCACUAAUCGCGAGGUCAGCUGCUAUAGCAUAUCCGCCAAGGAGGAGACGAAUCUGGAUGCUGUGUUACAGUGGUUGAUCGCGCGCGCAAAGAGAUGA